GGCAAGGACCAUGGCACCAUGGCUGCGGCUGUCAACCGAUUAAACAUUAUAAACAAUUUGUAUCAGUUUUUGUUGGAAGUGAUCAAGUGUGUGGAAGUAAAUAAUGUAUUUCAUUUUAAUUCCGUAUUACAGCCGAUGAUUAACUCUAAUUAGUUUGUUUCGAACACCUACAGUAUCUCAAUUCCUUAAUGAAUAGUAAUAUGAAGAAAGAAUGUCCUAUUUCGGUAUUACUUUCUGGUGGCAGCAGACUGAUUAUACCAGUGUCAUAUUUAUUUUGUUUUUGAAUUUAUUCGCCUAUGUCGGCUUAUCUGAGGGCGUGCUGUACACCCCUGUUGUUCAACAAAGCAGUCUUUGCUCAAAUGAAUCAGUUUCUUGUGCACACCAGUUAUCACUCAACACUUCUGAAGAUGCCUGUGUUUUCAAGAAGUAUAUCACAAACUCAACUGAAUGUUCUUCCCAGAUCUUUAAAGUCAGGCACGUCUCAGAAGAAGACUAUGGCGAUGUUGUCUUAUCGGCAUACGUCUACAAACAGAAUGGCUACCAGUUUCCUGCCUUCAAUAUCUCAUUCACUGAUAUCAAAUGGUCAAGAGCGAAGUUCCGGUUCUACGAGAGCGGUCGCCUGCAGCCGGACGUGUGCCGCGAGUUCGAGGUGACGCCGGGUACAACGGCAGUGGCCAACGCCACCCUCUUCUACGACUGCCUGUGGCGCAACGAGCAGAUAGAAGGCCACACCUACUUCUUCCAGCUGCUCACCAUGCCUCCCCCCGGCGCCGACCUCCCUCCCAUCGCCACCACCUACAAGUUCCGUGUCCCUUCCACUUUGUCUUUCGGGGAUGAGGUGUCGCUGAAGAAGCUGAAACUGUUUGUGAGCGUGGACCUGUCUCGACUGCCUGUGUUGCGUCUGAUCGUGCAGACGGCGCCGUCGCAGCUGAACGUGACACGUUACCGUGUGCGGCUGCUGCGCACCUGGGUCGACCAGAAGUGGCCGGUCUUUACCGACGAACUGACAACUUCGCCCGACACCACGCACCUCUUCCAGGUGUAUGACACCGGCUACCGACCUGGCAUCUACAACUUCACCGUCCAGCCCAUCCACGACGCCUGUCCCCGCGCCGGCUGUCCCGAGACUGUCACUCCCGAAAUUCUCAUCGUAGCAACCACUGACACAAAUCUUCUCAUUGUUAUGGUUGGGACAGUCAUCCUCGUUCCAGUUCUAUUGGCAGCUUACUUUAUGUGGCGGAGAACAUGUGUUGAUACCACUGCAGGAAAUGAGACUUGGCGGCCACCAAAAGUACUUCUUGUUUACAAUCCGGAUUACACAUCUCAUCUGUCCAAUAUGAUUCGGUUCACCGAAUAUCUCAAGAAGUGUCACAUUGAUCCCAUGCUCGACAUCUUCUGCAUUCCGACCUCCGAUUCCAAGGACCCGACCAAGUGGUACCGAGAGGCGUUCCGGGUGGCCGACUUCAUCCUGGUGGUGGCGUCGCCGCCAGGACCCAAGUCGGCUGAGCCGCACAUGUGCAACCCCUACCUGCAUUUGGACAAGAUAGCGCUGCACCAGCUCAGUCACCUGCUGGCCGUGCCAGGGCCUUCGUGUCGCGUGGUCUGUGUCCUGCUGCCCGGCUGCUCGUGGGACACUCUGCCGCGAGCCGCCGCUCGUCUCCGCCAGUUCACGCUGCCUCGCGACCUCGACCCGCUGCUCGUGUGUCUGGGGGCGGCGCCCCAGUGUGACGGUGGCCAUGGCAUGUUGGCCGCACUCGCCGACACCGACCUCCGCCCCCAGCCCACGCCUCUGCCCCCACCCACUCCCUACCUGCUGCCCCACCCCAAGCUGCCUCCCAUUCGGCCGGCCGAGCUAACCUCCUACAACCUCGCCCUCACCCGCAACCACAACACCCCUCUCCCCCUCCCUCGGCCCCCCCGCGACGACACCUUCCACGACAUCCACGACAUGAACCUGUCCGGUGGCUGCUGAGCCGCAGUGCCUCUCACUUCACUUACUGGCAGCUCUUACAUACCUCUCACUUUUUCCCACCAAAUAGGCCACAAUAUCACUAUUAAAAUAGACAUUCUUAUUUCAACAAAUCAAUUACUGAAAAUUAGUAGUACCCUUUUUAGAUGGGAGUGCCUCAGAACUGCGAGUUUCAAUUUGUCUAGUGUAUGAACAUAACCUGAAAGGCUCUGUUCAAUUAGAUGAUAUUAAAGGUAAAAGUCUGCAUUUCAACCUGGUUAGGGAGGUUAGGUUUUGGCUUUUAAAUGGCAGUAAGUUCAUAUUAUUUUAAGUGUGUUGAUAGUUUAUAUAACAAACACAAAUAACAAAAAGUCUAUAAACUCGCACUUUUGUGUUAACCCAUUUACGAAUGAUAACCUUUUAGAUUUUAUUUUAGACACGACUAAAAUUUUUGACACUUCAUAAUGACGUGAUUGGACGAAACUAGUCUUGUCUAAAAUAAAAAAGGGUUCUAAUAAUUCUUUGUAAUUUUUAUUUCAAGUAGCCCUAUCAAAAUACAUGAAUGAAACAAAUCAUUCUCAUACAUUACUAAAUGAAACUUGAAAUCUAUAAACAAAAUCCAACAAUAAUUAUUGUAACAUACAAAAAAAAUCAGUGGGGAAAAAGUCAAAACUGCAAAUUAAUUGUCUUAAUUCCAAUAUAUAUGAUACAAGACAAGUAUAUUCCAGCUAAUAUAAUUUCAAGUGAUCUCUAUUUCUCUGUGAUAUAUUGGUCAAAUUUUGUUCAUAGACUAGACUCGUCCACUAUUUACGUAUGUGAGCUCUAGAAACAUAUUUUUCAGAAAUCCAUUCCUUUUCAUUCGUUUCUCAAUUAUUAUUCCUUCAAGCUAUUUUAUUUAGUUUUCAAUUUUUAUGACUUUGUAUAAAACUUGAAGAAAAUAGGAAUUUCUGGGACUACGGUAUGAAAACGUUGAAAUUAUAGUUUGUAUGUGGCUCAACAUUUAUCGUUUUAGACGUUUUUAUAGGCGAAGAUUGAUAGUUUUUAUUUCUAUAUGAGCAUCCGCGAAGGUUUUCCAGUCCACUGCAUAUUUAUUUUCUUAUUAUUUGUUUAUCUCAUUUACAUAUUUAUAGAUUUGUUAUU